AUGGCCUCACUCCUUUUCAAGACUCUCAUUUUACUAGCCUCGGGUGCGGUAAUUGCCCAAGCGCAGCUCUGGGACAACGUCAUCGAGACCUCCUAUGGUCCCGUCCAGGGUUUCCAGUACUUCAACGAGUCCACUCUCGAGACCUAUUUCAACAUCUCAGAGUCCAAUGUGACUGCCUUCCUGGGAAUUCCAUUCGCAGCUGACACCGGCUAUCAAAAUCGCUGGAAACCACCACAGUCGCGCGAGCCGUGGAACAAGACCUUGAAGGCUACGAAAUUUGGCCCUGCUUGUCCUAGUAGCUAUGCCUCCGACAUCAGCGAGGACUGCCUGAGUCUCAACAUUUGGACGAAUGCCGGCUCCACUGAUGCUAAACUCCCUGUCAUGGUCUGGAAUCAGGGCUCGGAUGAAACGAGUGACACCGCCUGGUGGUAUGGUGGUGGAAUGGCCUUGAAAGAUGUUAUUCUUAUCACCUUCAACCGACGUGAUGAUGCAUUCGGCUACCUUGCUCACCCUGAACUCAACGAAGAGAGCUUUAAGCAAACCGGGCACAAAACCUCUGGCAAUUAUGGAGUUCUCGACCACUUGGAGGUUCUCAAGUGGGUGCAAAAGAAUAUUGCCCGAUUUGGUGGUGACCCGGACCGUGUUACAGUUGCCGGUCAGUCCUUUGGCUCGUCGCAGGUGUACCACGCCGUGAACAGCCCUUUAUUCACGGGCUAUUUCCAUGGUGGUAUCUCCGAGUCUGGCAUCCGGUAUCCAUACGAUACUCUUUUGGCUGGGCUAGCCACUUCCUAUGUCAAUAUGUCUACUGCUGUCCAGAACGGUAUCAAUUACACCACCUUCCACAACGUUUCUACCAUUGCGGAAUUGCGAACCAAGUCUAUGGAAGACCUGAUGAUCGGCUCUUCAGACCGUGUCGGCAACAACUCUAUCUGGUGGGUUACCGCUCUCUCGUGCGACUACCCUCUGAUCUUCAAGCCCGUUCUGGACGACUAUGUUCUUCCAUCGAAGUACAUUGAGACACUGAUCAAUGGUCCCGCCAAUGAUGUCCCCGUCAUUACGGGCAAUACCAAAGAUGAAUCCGGUGCUUCCACAACUACCGACUUCACCUUGGAUGAAUACCAAGACUACUGCUCUCUCAAGUACGGCAAUCUCUCCAGCCGCUAUUUCCAACUCUACCCCGGCCAUGGCAAUCAGACCAUUGCCGAUAUGGCCUGGAAUGCCGCUGCCCGUGACACUUCUCUCAUCGGCUCGUGGGCCUAUGCCACCGACUGGUACAAAUCUGCUUCGUCGUCGUUCUACACGUACUAUUGGACCCAUGCGCCACCAGGACAGGACCAGGGUGCGUUUCACCAAUCGGAGAUUAUGUAUGCGCUCAAUGCCCUCUAUGCCAAUGCAGGCACAUAUCCCUUCACCGAGAAGGACUAUGAGAUCCAAGAGAAGAUGUCCGCAUACUGGGCGAACUUUGCAAAGACCUUCAACCCUAACAAGGGUAAUUCUUACACUGGCAAAGGUGCACUGCCGCAUUGGAGUCCAAACAGUCCCAAUGGUACCCAGGUCGUCAUGGAGCUCGGCAAUGCCUUUGAAAAUGUUCCCGUUGCGAAGCCUGCGCAGGUUGACUUGAUUAUGGAUUACUUCCAUCAGCAGGUUCCCUACUAG